AUGAUACAAACAACAUCAACAAUAAAUUUAAAUACUUUAGUUGCACCGUCGUUAGCUUUUAUAGGUGUAAUCGAAAAGUUGGCAAUAGAAAGAGAAAAGAAGAAGACCAACAAAGAUGCUAUGAUAACUAAAAUAGAGGAUAAGGGACAACAAGAAGUAGUACUAUCAUGGUUAUUAUAUCUUGUUGUAAAUUGUGAAUUAUCUACUAUUAAAAAACAAUCGAUCUAUCUACUCGAUAAAGCUUUGAGGACAUAUGGCACCGCUCACACUUAUAAUCAAGAUAUUGUAGAAUCUAUAUUCAAUGUUUUGAUAUCUACCAAUAAUAACAAGAAUGAUAGUGAUGAAUCACAAACUAUGUUAAUAUCAAUAUUAAAUAUUCUAAAUGUUGGUUUCACUAAAAAACAAUAUUUAGAUUAUCUAAAACUUUUAGAGAAUACCAUUCGAAAGAAUCGUGACAAUCAAGCAAUCAGAGAGAUCAUUCUAAAGAUCAUGGAAUCGAUUGAUACAAAACAAGUUCAACUUGUGGCUUUGAAAGAUAAAUCGAUAGACAUUUUCAACAACAUUAUGUCAAGCUUUCUCACUGAUACUAGUAAUGUUCAAUACCAAUUAAGAGCAAUUGGUGUAAUUAGAUCAACGAGUGAAAUGAUGGUAGACAAAUAUGGAAGGAAAUCAAUAGUGGAAAAUGACUAUGAUCUAUGCGAAUUCUGCAUUCCACAUUUCGAGUUUUCAAAUGAACAAGUAAUACAACAUCUACUCGAUCUAAUAGAAUGGUAUAAUAAUCAAUCAAACGGAUAUGCAUAUGGUUGGGAGAAGUUUAUUGGUUACAUUGACCCAACUCAAUAUAAAUAUGUAUCAUCUAGAAUAUUCCCAAUGAUGCUCAAGAGAUUGUAUAAAGCAGACCACGAUAAACAAGAUGCAGUGGACAUUAUCCAAUCGGUAGGAGAAAAGAUGGGAAUGAGGUAUUAUGCAAGAUAUCGAUUUGAAUUGGUACAACAUCUCUUGGAAACUAAACAAGAAGAAUAUAUUGAUUUAGUGUAUUGGAGUUAUAGAGAGACGAAUUGGAGUUAUUUUUCGAUUUAUCUCCCAUCCCUCAUGAAACAACUCAUCAAUCGAUUCGAUCAAUUGAAAGAUUCUCAAAAAGAACACUGCCUCAAAUUUUUAUUUCGUACCAGAAUGAUGGAAUGUGGAGGUAUGAUUGACAUUGUCCAUCCAUAUUUCCGACACUUGGUUGACCAUGUAUGCAAACUUGGCGAUGUCCAUAUGAUGUGCAACAUGGUCAAUGUAGCAGCAGCCAAGGAGGGAAUCAGUCAAAACAGUCAACUCUUAUUCAACCGUUUCAUCAAAGUAUUGAUGGAUCCAUCAACGUUGGCAAAAGAUGCAUGGUCUCCAUGGGGAUCAAGGAUUUAUGCAAUGGAGAGGAUGAUUGACACUAUGCAAGGAGGUGUUUGGAAAAGUGAUCAAAUACAAGUAUUCACCAAAUAUGAUAAUGAAUAUUGCCAAAUAUUAGAGUGCCCAUCAAAAAAACGUGAAUCACAACCAAACAAGGCUAACCAAUUUUUGGAUGUUGAACUAACUGCUUGGACUCGCAUUCACUGGAUUCUAUACUACAUUUGUUUCCCCCGACAUUCCAACAACUACAACAACAAUAAGGAAAUACAAACAGUGAUACGAGAAAUAACUCGAGCAUCGUUGGACGAAUUUAUAACAAAGGCACCCACCUUUGGAAAAUAUAGUUAUUUGGUUCCAACGAUGAUGUAUAAAUGGGCAUUUUUAUGUCAAAUUGAUAAACAACAACAACAAGACAUGGUAAAGGUAGUGAUAGAUUAUUAUCCUAAAAUAGUCCCACUAUUACUCGUCAAGGAUAUGUUAUUCACUAGUGAUCAAUUGGAACAAAUAGAUGGCCAUAGAUCUAUGGCCAAGUUGUUUUGGAAUAUAAUCAAGAUACUCGUACAUGAACAACAACAACAACAACAACAAUGUCAAAUACAUUUAGACAAGAUACACCAAAUGAUGAUUGAUUUUAAUGAAGAAAUAUUAUGUCACUUGCCCGACCAUUUUUGCGUGUUGUUGGAUGAGCUGUGGUGUAUUCAUGAAUAUCAGGGUGACAAAGAUAAAGACCACAACGAUGAUGAUGAAGACGACCAAGAUGAUGAUGAAGAUGUUGAACGUCUGUUUAAUCAAUUCAUCACAAAAGUUGAUGAUGAUAACUAUUUGUUGAAAAAAAAAACUAAAUAA